AUGCCGACGUCCACAACCUCGCCUAUUGACAUUGCCACUCCCACACGCAACGCUUCAUCAUCGCCCUCGUCGCAGGGCAAGCAGAACCCCAACUUCCACGAUACCGACUCCCGCACAUCCGCCAUCAUGAGUGGCAUCGCCUACGAUUCGAGUAUGGGUCGGGGGAGACAGGACUCCUUCGCCGGAGCAAAACCAAUCUCCAUGGCGAACCCUAACAGAGAUCCUCGCCCGCGGCGGGAAAGUUUGGCCGGGAGCCUGGUGGGCGGCAUGAGUUGGGGAGGUGUUUCCGUUGGAAGCUGGAUUCGAGAUGAUAUCAUUAUGGCUGGAACAUCGCCAUUCCCAUAUCAGUCGCCAUCUUACCACUCCUCCUCAUACCUCCCGAAACUCGAGGCCAACUUCAUGCGAGAUUUCGCAUGCUGCGGCCAAACAUUAGCUACCCUGCACGAUCUCCUACAGCACUACGAGGAAAGCCACGCACAGCAAACGCCACAAUCUCUACGGACCGCUGCCGCAGCACAAAGAGCGAGAGAACACGCGACUCCAAAUAGCAAAGCGGCUAUUGCAGCUCAGGCGGCGACAGCUGUCCAGCAACAAGCUCAGCAAUCGCAAAAUCAACAAUCGAGGCCAAGCGGCCUACAAAUGCCAACGGGAGGCGCUGUUGGAGGCAUCCAAUUAAUGCGUCAACAACAGCAGUCCCAGCCUUCGACGCCGAUGUCGAAAGGUGGGGAUGAUGAAGAUGAGGUGGAAGAUAUGGAGAUGGAUGAUGCGAUAGGACCUAUGGAUCGAGCACCAGGGACUCCCGCACAGCAAAACCAGCAACAUCAGCCAGCGCAACAAUCGCUGUUUGGUCAGCAACAACGUCCCUCCCUGAAUCUGAAUUCCAACGGCCUGCAGCACGCUGGACUUCGAACCUCACAGCCGCCCACUCCAGCAGCAUCCGGCUUUGGAUUCCAACAUAAUCCCACGGUUUCGUCCGUGAAUACACCAACACUAAGCACGACGCAGCACCAAACAUUCUCACCUGAUACCUCGGUUCCGGGGACGCCCGCUGGAGAAAUGGAUGACGAUUUCUCGGGCAUGCAGAAUAAUAUGAGCAGGGGGAACCUGAAUAUGUCAUACCCAUUUGGAUUUGGGCAAAAUGAUCUGGGAUUGGACUUAUGCAUAGACGAACCGGCGAAGCGAUUAUUCAGUCCGAACGGAGGUUCUAACAAUCAGAGAGCAUUACAACAACAGUUUGCGCAGUUUGGCUUGGGACAAGGGCAAUACGGAAACCACAGCGACCUGAUGACAGCCUACCGACAACAGCAGAUGAUGGCUAUGAAUGAGAUGGGAAGUAAUCCUCAGGCAGCAGCGUUGCUGUUGGGCGAAGAACACAAGCCGUUUAGGUGUCCAGUUAUUGGAUGCGAGAAGGCCUACAAGAACCAAAACGGCCUGAAGUACCACAAAACGCACGGUCACCAAACGCAACAGCUACACGAGAACGGCGACGGAACGUUCUCGAUCGUCAACCCCGAGACCUCAACUCCUUACCCUGGGACCCUCGGGAUGGAAAAGGAGAAGCCUUACAAAUGCGAGGUUUGUGGCAAGCGAUACAAGAACCUGAAUGGUUUGAAAUAUCACAAGCAACAUUCGCCACCUUGCAAUCCGGAGCUCAAGCUCAACAGUCAUAUGGCAGCGGUUGGAUUAGGGGGUUUGGGAGUCAAUGUCGCAGGACUUCCUGGUAUCGGCGAAGAAGGCAUGAUGUGA